UGUGCAAUUAGAUGCCAUGAACUCAGUCUCAUUCUACGUGCGCCGAAUUUUCGAGUGGCUGACCUUUCGACGUCGGUUGAUAAAUAUAUCUUUAGUUGCCGAUGCCCUUCUGAUACUGCCGCUUGUGGCAUGUGUAUCAUCCAGCAACGCGUCCAAGGACUUUUACAUAUUGUCUUUAUCUUACCGCAAUCUUACCAAAAUCCCGAGCCACGGAUCAAAUUUGACGUUACCAAUCUUUAGCGCUGCGAAAGAAGUGCCUCUGGAAGUGAGAGCCGGCUACUUCUCUCUGUGUGUCUCAAGGCAAGACACUCUCGAUUGGACUUGCGGGAGAGCGCCGGCAUUAAGGGCUGUAGCCGAUGGAGAAAAUGAUCCCUUAGACCUGAUAGGAAUUGCGGAGCACUUCAGCGAUGGAGUUAUAUUUCCAGGCCUCCUUAUUACUUGCAUCAUAUUCAGCCUGUUUGCUUUUGCGAUCUGGCAGGAAAAAACCGAUGUACAAGACAUCGAGGAAGAUAUCCAAAGAGAUAGCGCAGGAACACAAAGCGAGGAACAAGGAACCCAAGAAGCCCAAGUAGCCCAAGGGCCUCAAGGUAACAAGCAGAGUAGAAGGAUGUAUCCUCCACUCUACAUCAUGCAGAGUUCCUUGGGAGCUAUAUUUGGGGCAAUGAGUUUUGCACUCAUGUCUGCACUAUGGCAGCAUAUGGCUGCCAGUGUUUAUGGGACUAUUGCGGGAUCUAUGACCUAUCAAGUUGUGCAAGGUAAGGUUGGUCCAGCAGCGGCGGCAUUUUUAUGGUCAGGCUUUCUGCUCCUGGCUUUCGUGACUGUUGGUCUGAUUGUUGUCAUUUUAGACAUAAUCAGUGGGGUGUCCGUUUGAACUCGUCAUUUUGUACAAAUGCAAGAUACUAUUACCGAUG